AGAAGUAUGCCAUGGGUCUCCGUCUUAGUAUAAAAGCCAGAGCUCUGAUGCCUGUCGUCCUUCUUUCCAGACUCAGACUAAGAAGCACACGAGCUUCAUCAUGGUGUACAAAGUAGCAGUGAUCGGGGCGGGACCCUCAGGUCUGACCAGCAUUAAAGCCUGUCUGGAUGAGGGCUUGGAGCCGACCUGCUUUGAAAGCAGUGAUGACAUGGGUGGACUGUGGAAGUUCAAGGAAGUAUCAGAGCCCAACAGGGCCAGCAUCUACCGCUCCCUAACUAUCAAUAUCUGGAAGGAGAUGAUGUGCUACAGUGACUUCCCCAUCCCAGCUGAUUACCCCAACUACAUGCACCACUCUAAAAUCCUAAAAUACUUCAGGAUGUAUGCAGAUCACUUCAAGCUACUUUCUCACAUACGCUUUCAGACCUCAGUGAAGAGCGUCACCCAGAGACCAGACUUUWCUCRCACCGGUCAGUGGGAGGUGGUCACAGAGGAUAAAGAUGGACUAGAGGAGAGGCAUGUCUUCGAUGCAGUAAUUUGCUGCUCCGGUCACUUCAACUAUCCCAACCUGCCACUCAAAGACUUCCCAGGAAUUGAGACAUUUGAAGGAACAUACUUCCACAGUUGGGACUACAAGGGACCAGAGGAUAUGUAUGGUAAGAGAGUGGUGGUCAUCGGCAUCGGUAACUCCGGAGGGGACAUCGCUGUGGAGGGCAGCAGAGUUGCAGAGCAGGUAUAUCUGAGCACUCGCAGUGGUGCCUGGGUCAUCCGUCAAGUUUCUGAUGAUGGCCGGCCAGUGGACAGGUUCAACACACGUUUUAUCCAUGUCUUGUUCAAGCUGUUGCCCAUGAGUCUGCUUAACUGGCUGGGUGAAAAAAAACUGAACGCCAUGUACGAUCAUGCCAUGUAUGGGCUCAAACCAAAACACAGGCUCUUCAGCCAGAUUCCCGUGAUCAACGAUGACCUUCCCUUCAAGAUUUUGUCUGGAUCAGUCCUUGUCAAACCAAAUGUGAAGGAGAUCCAAGGGUCCACUGUGGUGUUUGAUGAUGGCAGCACUGUGGAGAAUGUGGAUAUGAUUGUGUUUGCCACAGGCUACAACUACGAUUUUCCUUAUUUGCCAAACAAUGCAAUGUACAAGUCUGGACACAGAGUGGGCCUGUACAAACAUGUCUUCCCUCCAAAUCUGGAGCAUCCCACUUUAGCUAUUGUGGGUUUUAUCCAUUCUGAUGGUGCCAUUAUGCCACAAGCUGAAAUGCAGGCCCGCUUUGUCACUCGUGUUUUCAGUGGACAUAAGAAGCUGCCAUCCAACCAGACCAUGAUCAAGGCUGUUGAAAAGGACACCAGGAACAUUGCAAAAAACUACGUGGUGUCAAAGCUGACACCCCUGCAGGUGGACUUUGUUGAGUACAUGGAUGACUUAGCCAAGGAUAUUGGAGUGCGACCAAGCCUCCUUUGGCUCCUCUUCACAGACUUCCCACUGUUCAAGGAAGUUUUUUGGGGGCCUGUCACUGCUUACCAAUACCGCUUAAUGGGACCAGGGAAAUGGAAGGGGGCCCGAAAGGCAAUCUUCACUCAGUUAGACCGCAUGUACCAACCCCUAAAAACCAGAAAGCUGGAGGUGAAUGAGAGUUCAUCUACAGGACGUCUGAUCAAGUUGAGUUUGACACUCAUGGCCGGAGGAGCUGCUUUUUACUAUGUUCAAGUUCGCAAUCCCACCAUCAUCCCCACCCUAAUGUCCAAACUUCCUCUACAAACAGCAUAAAAGUGUCUCAUCUUGAAUCUUGUCUGAACAACAGAGACAUUUGUCCCAUUUUCCCUGAACUGCAGCAAAACUCUGAUUUUAUACUCCAUUUUACAGUAAAAUGCAAUGUAUUUACAUUAAAUGAGCUUGGCCUGCACUGAAAUACUUGUUCAUAAAGUACCGUAACCAGGCAUACAACAAUACUGAGUGAUAUAUAAAUAAUUUUUGAUUGUUGUUGUUUUGUGGAUGUUGGGAAAAAAUAGAAUGAGGAUCAGAGCCCUAACAACAUUCACUUUAAUGACAGACUGCAGAGAAAUGUGUAAAUGAAAGCACAGUAGUAAUUAUUGGUAAAAGACAAGGACUGCAGUACUAAAGAUGUGUUUUUGUGCUCCUGAACCUCUGAAAAUAAUUUCCUCUUUGUAAACAUUCUACCAACAGCAUUUUUUCUUUUCCAUAUAAAACUUGCAUUUUUCAUUUUGCAGCACCAAAGUGCAUUUCAAAAUUCAGUUUAAUAAAAUGUUUAAUAAAAGUUUGAGAUUUAAA